AUGAAGGUACAUGUUACAAUAUGUAUCUUAGAUACAGUAUGUUUAUUGGGUCAUGGUAAUUUUGUCGGUUUCCCAUGUACCAUUUGUGGUUACGUAUUUACCCAGAAAGGAAAUUUAACUAAACAUAUGCAGGGCAAACAUUUAAAUGUUCGAUUUUCUUGCCCAAUAUGUAUGAAACAAUUCACAGAAAAGGGCAAUAUGAAAAAACAUGGUCUAGGCCAGGUUAGAGAUGGUGGUUUCCCUUGUAAGAUCUGUGGACAUGUAUUCAGUCAAAAAGGCAAUCUGAAGAAACAUGUUGAAGGCAAACAUUUAAAAGGUGUGGUAAAUGCAGGCCCUGAAGGUUUCCAAUGCUCCUACUGUGAGAAAAAGUUUAACUAUAUUGGAAAUUUAAACAAGCAUAUCAAGUCAAUGCAUCUGAAGCUUAGAUUUAAUUGUCCAUUAUGUGAGAAAACAUUCUCAGAGAAAGGCUCUGUCAAGAAACAUAUUCGAGUUGCGAAGGAAGUGAGAGGACACAUUUGUCCUGUUUGUUUCAAACAAUAUGAAUCCAGGUCCAAUGUAGAAAGACAUUUCAGAAGUAAACAUAUGAACAUGUUUUCUGUUUGUCCAAUAUGUCAAAAGAAAUAUACAGAUAAAAGUAAUCUGACACGUCACAUGAAGAAUGCUCAUCAUGUUCAAGGGCAACAAGAAGACAUAUUUAGAUGUUCAAAAUGUGGGAAAGGAUUUGCCAAUAAAUCCAACUUAUCUAGACAUAUUAAAGGUGUUGCUUAUUGGAUAGGUGAAGAUGGGUUAUAUCGAUGUUCAGAGUGUUUCAAGUCUUUUAACCAUAAAUGUAGUUUAAAACGUCAUUUUGAAGGCUCACAUCUCAAUAUUCGACAUACAUGUCCUAUUUGUUUGAAGUCUUUCUCUGAUAGAGGAAAUUUAGCCAAACAUGCUACAGCUGAUGCAGAUUCAUUAUUUCAAUGUCAGCUAUGUGGUAAACUAUUGAGUUGUCAGUUUAGUUUAAAUAGACAUGUUCGAUGUACACAUCUAGGAUACAAACAUAAGUGUCCUGUAGAUAAUUGUGGACAACAGUGGACCGAUAAACGUGGCUUGCAACGGCACAUGAUAAAACAACAUCCUAACUAUCCUGCCUGGAAAUCCCGGAAAAGUGACAUCAUUGUACCUGAUAAUCUGAUCAUCAGUGGUGACAUCAUUGUACCUGAUAAUCUGGUUGUCAGUGGUGACAUCAUUGUACCUGAUAAUCUGGUUGUCAGUGGUGACAUCAUUUUACCUGGUAAUCUGGAUGUGUUUCCACAACAGUUCACAUGUUCAGUUUGUGGUAAAAAUUUCCAUUCUAAGUCUAAUUUAACCAGACAUUACAGAGGAGUUCAUCUCAAUUUUAAAGUUAAACUACAAGAUGAUUUAAGUUGUUUGGUUUGUGGGAAAGUUUUUACCUAUAGAUCAAAUUUAAGAAGACAUUUUAAGACUUAUCAUCUUCAGUUUCGCUUUCAUUGUCCAGUUUGUAAGAAAGCUUAUCUUAAAAAAUGUGAUGUUAGAACCCAUGGUUAUAAUGAUGAAUUUGGUUGCCAAGUUUGUGGGAAAAUGUUUGUUUGUAAAUCCAGUUUAACGAGACAUAUCAGAGGAUCUCAUUUAAAUGUUAAACACUGUUGUCCUAUUUGUCAUCAAGUUUAUGUUUAUCAAUCAGAUAUGAAAAGUCAUAUGAAAAGAAAACAUUUUCAAAAUCUUGCCAGAAAGCUGUUUUACCAGAAAUAUUUCCCUGUCCAGAAUGUGAUAAGAUUUAUGAUUUUAAGUCCAGUUGGUGGUAAUUUAUCUUGUCCAGAAUGUGGUAGAAUCUUCAAACAACGUUAUAAUUUGAAUCGACACAUUCAAGGCACACACCUCAAAAUCCGAGUACAAUGUCCAUACUGUCCUUGUAAUUACACUGAAAAGGGAAAUUUAAUGAAACAUAUUAAAAUAGUUCACAGAAAGUUAGAUACAACGUUGGUGGUAAUUUAUCUUGUCCAGAAUGUGGUUGGUUUAUGUAAAAGUGGUUCUUAUGGUUGUGCUAUCUGUCACAAAGUCUUCUCCUCAAAGUCUAAUUUAUUACGUCAUAUACGAGGCACUCAUACUAACCAAUCUUUUAAAUGUCCCUUCUGUUCCCAUCAGGCUAGAUACAAAGGAAAUUUACAAAUUCACAUCAGAACUCAACAUCCAAAUUAUUCAAAUUUAUGUUCAAACUAA